GGAUGGAGAACUCCUCUGCUGCGUCAGCCUCAUCCGAGGCUGGGAGCAGCCGCUCCCAGGAGAUCGAGGAGCUGGAGCGCUUCAUUGACAGCUACGUGCUCGAGUACCAGGUGCAGGGGCUGUUGACCGACAAGACGGAGGGGGAUGGUGAGAGCGAGCAGACGCAGUCCCACAUCUCCCAGUGGGCAGCAGACCACGGUGAGCGGCUAGACAGCAGCUGUCCCUUCUCCCGAGGGCGAGCCCCCCCGCAGCAGAAUGGCAGCAAAGACAACUCUCUGGACAUGCUGGGCACGGAUAUCUGGGCUGCCAACACCUUUGAUUCCUUCAGUGGUGCCACCUGGGACCUGCAGCCUGAAAAGCUGGACUUCACCCAGUUCCACCGGAAGCUGAGACACACGCCCAAGCAGCCCCUGCCACAUAUCGACCGGGAAGGGUGUGGAAAAGGGAAGCUAGAAGAUGGGGAUGGCAUCAACCUGAAUGACAUCGAGAAGGUCCUCCCAGCCUGGCAGGGCUACCACCCAAUGCCCCACGAAGUGGAGAUCGCCCACACCAAGAAGCUGUUCCGGCGGCGGAGAAAUGACCGGAGACGGCAGCAGAGACCUCCAGGAGGAAACAAGCCCCAACAGCAUGGUGACCACCAGCCGGGCAGUGCCAAACACAACAGGGACCACCAGAAAUCCUACCCGGGGGGCUCAGUGCCGCACCCCUCAGGGAGGCCCACCCAUCACGGCUACAGCCAGAACCGGCGCUGGCACAACAACAUGAAGCACCCCCCAGGCGACAAGGGGGAGGCAGGCACCCACCGCAAUGCCAAAGAGACCGUGACCAUGGAGAGCGCCAAACUUGAGGACGCCCUGGGGGACACGGGGCACAGCGGCCUCGAGCCCCCCCGCAGCCCUGAUGCCCCAGCCCCCGUGGCUUCUGAGAGGCUGCCCCCACAGCAGCCGGGGGGUCCAGAGGCUGAGACAAAGCGUAAAGACAGUAUUAUUCCCGAGCGCAUCGGGGAGCGGCCCAAAAUUACCCUGCUCCAGUCUUCCAAAGACAGGCUGCGGCGAAGGCUGAAAGAAAAGGUACCGGACGAAGUGGCAGUGGAGACCACCAACCCUCAGCAGAAUAAGAUGGACAAGUUGAUUGAGAUCCUGAACAGCAUGAGGAACAACAGCAGCGACGUGGAUGCCAAACUCACCACCUUCAUGGAGGAGGCCCAGAACUCGACCAACUCCGAGGAGAUGCUGGGAGAGAUCGUCCGGACCAUCUACCAGAAGGCCGUGUCUGACCGCAGCUUCGCCUUCACGGCCGCCAAGCUCUGCGACAAGAUGGCACUCUUCAUGGUGGAGGGGACCAAGUUCCGGAGCCUGCUUCUCAACAUGCUUCAGAAGGACUUCACCGUGCGGGAAGAGCUUCAGCAGCAGGAUGUGGAACGCUGGCUUGGCUUCAUCACCUUCCUGUGUGAGGUGUUCGGGACCAUGCGUAGCAGCACUGGCGAGCCCUUCCGCGUGCUCGUCUGCCCCAUCUACACCUGCCUCAGGGAGCUUUUGCAAUCUCAGGAUGUGAAAGAAGACGCUGUCCUGUGCUGCUCGAUGGAGCUGCAGAGCACAGGCCGGCUGCUGGAGGAGCAGCUGCCCGAGAUGAUGACCGAGCUCCUGGCCAGUGCGCGCGACAAGAUGCUCUGCCCCUCAGAGUCGAUGCUGACCCGGUCACUGCUUCUGGAGGUCAUAGAGCUCCAUGCCAACAGCUGGAACCCUCUGACGCCCCCCAUCACACAGUACUACAACAGAACCAUCCAGAAACUGACAGCCUGACGGCCAGGGGGCCUGGCGGGCGGCCCGCGGGCAGCUGGGGCCCUGGUACCCAGGGCCAGAUGGACAGGCGGGAGGACAGGGGUGGCCCUGGCGGGAGAAAGAAGUGGGGAGGAAAGCAGGCAGAGCCGGGGGCCAGGCUGGAGCCAGACCGGGAAGGAGGAGCGCCCCUCAUCCGAGCCCCCCCAGCCCCACGCAUGCGGCAGCUCACACCAAUAAGGGAAGCAUGUUUCCUUCUCCUUGGUGGCCCCCCCCCCGCCCCCGUCGUUCCCUCCCCACUCCCGCCCCUCCCCGCCCCCUCCCAUCAACCGCGUCCCCGCAGGGCUUUGUGCGAGGGGUUUCAUCGGCGUGACUCCUCUGAGGCCCUGGCAGCUCGGCACGCCGGGGUACCGCUUGGGUCAGAAAGGACCUCAGAAGGCUGAAAAAGUGGGUCGGAGACGGGCUUGCAUUGUUCCUGCUGUCAGCCGCGGUCGCCAACUGGCAGCAGGCGACGUAGAGCAGAUGUCCGGGAGGACAAAAGCAGGCACGGUCCCCACCAGCCGCCCGUAAUUGACGGCCUUUGUCCGCCACGCUCGGCCUGGGGGACGGAGGCUUCUCCUCUAACCUGCACGCUGCACCCUCCCCACUCCCCGUUCCUCCUCCGUGUGGCCCCCCAGCCUCAGGCCCAGGGGCGGGGUGCAGGGAGGGGAGCUGGGGUGUGCGGCUCUGCUCGUGCUCUUGUGUUUUAUUGUUUUAUUUUCAAAAGUCAGCUGCUUUGAAGUCUCCUCUCUCCAUGAAAAGAGUCCGAGCUGUGAUCACACAGUCAGCACCACUGAGGACCCCCUGAUUAGUGGAAGAUCAAACCCGGCCCCCUCUGGAAGGAUUCUAGCCACAGAUAGCUUGCCAGUGGCCAAUUAGGUGAAGAGGCGAAGUCCGGCCAUCUGAUGUUGAUCCUGUCUCGGUCUGUGCCCCCUCCCAGUCAAGACCAGAUAGUCCUUGCUUUGCUCUCAGGCGGCCAGCCCGCUCACCACAGCCCUGCUCUCCUUGGCCUCGUGGGUUUGCCUGAGCGCUGGGACCGCAGCCCCAAGAAGGCUCCUAACCUCCCCCGGAGAAGGUGGGAACCCCACCAUCCUCCGUGGGGAACAUGCACCCCAAGCCCAGUUUCGUCUGUUCGUCCUUCCUCGAUCAGUCUGUAAACCUUCGAGGUUUAGGGAUCGCCCUGUCCAUCCAUGUAAAUGUAAAUGUUGGCCGAGUCGGUAUUUAUUCUAAUUUUUAUUUUAUUUUAUUUUCUCUGAGGGAUGGGGGGGUUGUGUGGGAAAUGUACCACUGAUCACGCCCUGGGCAGCUGCAGGGGCGGGGACCCCGCCAGCCAGGCCACCGCGAGGAGCAGCCCCAUGCGGCCGCCCCAGACGCCACGUUCCAGUCUCUGGCAUCAGAACCCGGCCAGUGUUCCUCGUGUGACAGACUCUCAGGACCUGCCCACGGAGUCCUGUGCCUCAGCUGCUGGCGCCUUGUGGGGCCCUCUGCCCGGGCCUCUGAGGAUGCAGAUCGCAGAGGAGACCGCUCCUCUGGUCGGGACGCUGGCGACAAGGGCUGCCCACCUCGCCUGAGCCAGCUGGGAGCCUGGCGACGGGACCUGCCUCCCUGGAGAAGGGGCCUGGGCCUUCCCGCCACAGCCGCAGCAGAAUCCUCCUCACGCGACCACGUUCCCUCCCUCAGUAUGUCCUGCUUUCCAGCUGAACCCAGACUACAAGUGGGUUUAAAAAAUAAACACCAAAAACCAAA